AAGGCACGUCACGCAGCAUAGACAUAGGAGAGGAGAGAAAGAGAGGGAGAGGGGGUUCGUUUAUCGAUCGGGGUAAAAACUGAAGAUGAAGGAGGCCGCGGCGGAGCUUGGGCACCUGCUGGUGUUCGCUUUCCUCUUCUGCCUCGGCGCCUUCAUGGUGGUGCCGGUGAUCACCGACGUGACGAUGGCGGCGCUCUGCCCCGGCGAAGACCAGUGCUCCCUCGCCAUCUACCUCACCGGCCUGCAGCAAGCCAUCACAGGGCUGGGUGCGCUCGUGGUGACGCCGGUCAUCGGCAACCUCUCCGACAGAUACGGCCGCAAGGCGCUGCUCGCUCUCCCGGCGACCUUGUCUGUCGUCCCACUGGCCAUCAUGGCUUUCAACCAGACGAGGCCGUACUUCUACGCCUUCUACGUCGCCAAGACGCUGACGGCGAUGGUCUCCGAGGGCGCCAUGAUGUGCCUCUCGCUCGCCUACGUGGCCGACAAGGUGCCCGAGGGGCGGCGAGCGGCGGCCUUCGGGGUGUUCUCCGGCGUCUGCACCGCCGGCUUCGUCGGCGGCACCAUCGCGGCCCGCUUCCUCUCCGUGUCCUCUACGUUCCAGGUGGCGACGUUGGCGUCGGUUGCCGCGGCGGUGUACCUGAGGGCCUUCGUCCAGGAAACGGACCGGGGAGCAUCGCUGCUGCGCGACGAGGAGGCCUCGCGCUUGCUCUUCGCUCCCUCCUCCAGCCCCGAGGAGGCGUCGCCGAGGCUCCCGCCUCUCCGCAAGGCGCCGUCGCUGUCGGAGAUGGCCACCCUUCUUACCAGCAGCUCAACUUUCACGAGGGCGGCGGUCGUCACAUUUUUCCACAGCCUUGGUGAAACAGGCCUGCAAACUGCAUUAUUGUAUUUCCUGAAGGCCCAAUUCCACUAUACCAAGAACCAGUAUGCUAAUUUGUUGCUUAUUAUUGGCAUUACAGGAAGUUUCUCACAGCUGACCGUGAUGCCUCUCUUAGCGCCAAAGCUGGGUGAGAAAAAGCUACUUGUUGUGGCACUUACAGGGAGCUGCGUACAUGGAUUCCUAUACAGCAUUGCAUGGUCAUUCUGGGUUCCUUACCUUGCUGCAAGCUGUGUGAUUCUAAGCAUUCUGGUCAGCCCUUGUAUACGGAGCAUUGUAUCAAAAAAAGUAGGGCCUUCUGAGCAGGGAAUGGUUCAAGGCUGUAUCACAGGAAUCAGCUCAACUGCAAGUGUCAUAUCUCCUCUAGUUUUUACUCCACUCACAGCCUGGUUCCUAUCAGAGACAGCACCUUUCAACUUCAAAGGCUUCAGCCUGGCUUGUGCUGGAUUUGCUACGUUGGUGGCACUCACAAUGAGCAUUAAUAUGAGGCCAGCAGAGCUUCAGACAGAUACCAGAUAGAAGAACUAGUGAAUACAUGUCUAUAUAGAUGAUAGAUGCCUAUAAUGCUAAUACUCUUACUCAGUAUCAAUAGCCGUUGUCAAUUAAGGUAGCUGUUCCAUCCUCUGCAGUUGACAAACAGGGACAGCAAAUAGUGGUGUAAAGUAUCAAAAGUACAAUCAGAUCCACAGGCUUCAGUUUGUAAAUUAUAGUAUUCGAUAACUGACACUACAAGUACAAGGUUGAUUCGACAUA